AUGAGACCUGUGAAGAAGAGUUCGUUGCUCGUAAUGAAACUGCUACCUGAAGGCAUCAAGCAGGAAUGGACGCACCACAAGGAGAAAGAGAGCGAAAACCAAAAGAAGGACGACGAGGUUUCACUGGUCUCCUCUGUAAUUCCGGACGAGAAACCAAAGUCGAGUUCUUCGAGGAUUGCGGACGUCGCCAAAAAUACAGUACAUACCCUUCUAGAUAAGAAAAAGGAAGCGUGCUGCCUUCGACCACAGAAAUGUUGCAUACUCUCUGACAAAUCCUGUGUGAGCAAGCUUCCAGGAGUACGACAACUGAAGGAAAAAUUUGUGGCAAAAGAAGCUAGCGCUUAG